AUGAAAACUUAUAAAAUUUGUAUUAUAUUCGUCAUAUUAUUUUCAUUAUUAAUUGUCGGUAUUAAUACCGAAGGUGAUACACCAAAAAAAGAAUGUAAAGAUUAUUUUAAUGUUUCCACAUGCAACGAAUGUCAAAAAGAACUUUGGGAUUCUUGGUCAAAUCCAUCGUCAUGUGGUUUUUUUAUCCGACUUAUUAUGAAUAUUAUUGAAGAUUAUGGUAAUGCAGCUGAACAUAAUCACCUUGUUCCUUACAACGUUACUCCUUAUUAUGAAGCCGUAAAAGAGACUUGUGAUGAAAAAUUCUCUUGCAAUUAUGAUGAAGCCGAAUCAUUAUGGAAAAAAGUUGAGGAGAAAUGUCCUAACGAAUUAACAACCAAAGUAGAUUGGAGCGCAGAUCCUUCAACUCUUGAUCGUACUGUUACUGGUGCUUACGCCACCGUUAUAUUCUAUUAUUUUGGUAUUCCUGAUCAUGAUUUUAUGUGUCUCAAGACCUCAAAUGGAGAAUUGUGCGGUAUUGAAACAACCAAACCGUUUAUUAAAUGGCUUAAAGAGAAAAUUCCUGAGGGAAAAUUCCGACCUUCAUAUGAUCACAAAUACGUUUAUAAGGAAGAUGGAACUCGUAUUGAAAUUCCUAGAGAAUUAAUUUCAUGUGGCGAGUGUCAACAGAAGAUGGCUAAAACAUACAAAUAUUGGCCAGUAAAUCAUCCAUUGCCUGAUUAUAUUGUAAAGAAUAUCUUUGGAUCUUGGGAUCAUUUUAAUAAUUACUUUACUUGUCCUAAUGAUAACUCCAAAAUUAAACUUAAACGUAGAUUCUCACGUAGAAAUAUCAACUAA